UUUGCCUGUGAGCGCCUUAUCAGUGUGUGUUUGACUGUAUUACACGCUUCUGCUUAGUUGGACUUUUCUGGGGAGAAGAAGACGCAGAGGAUAAUAGGAAUGAUGGGGGCAUCUCUGCCUGUGCGCGGGCAGGAGUGCCCUGGCCGACAGGCCGAUUGUUAGCCAUGCUGCGACAGCAAGAACCCACAGUCAGCACCCUGCAUCUGGUGGCUAAUGAUAUGACAGAUAUCAUGGAGAACUUGGACACACGAGAACUCGACAUUGGAGAUGGGGAAGAAGAGUUUGACGGCCAGGACCCCAAUAGGGCAGAGAACCGCAUCCCCUUCUCAGCCGUGUAUAAAACAAUAGGCUUUAAAGAGCCCGGGGCGCAUGUGUUUCUUACUGCGCUUCCCAUCACCGCCAAAAUCUUGGAGGUGGAACGCUUCACUUCUGCCCAGGAUCGCUUCAACAUCACCUCCCAGAGAAGCGUCUCUAAGUCACUUCCUGCAGUGUUUAAGAUAGAAAUGAGACAUGGAAACUUCACCUGGUUGAUAAAGAGGAAGGAGAAACAUUUUAUGGAGCUUCACAGGGAACUACGCACCUACAAGACCUUCCUCAGAAUUCCACUGCCGUCCCGAAGUCAUGCAGAGCGGAGGCACACUAUUAACAGGAACCUUGAACGAAACAUACCAAGUCUACCCCGGGGAGGAGGCGAAGAACUGGCCAGGGAAGAGCAAGUCUCCAGUCGAAAAAGACAACUUGAAGACUACUUGAAUAAGCUGCUUAAAAUGCCAUUGUAUAGAAACUACCAUGCAACAAUGGAAUUCAUUGAUGUGAGUCAGCUGUCCUUCGUUCAUGAUUUGGGACCAAAAGGCUUGGAGGGCAUUGUUCUCAAAAGGUCAGGGGGUCACCGUAUUCCUGGACUGAACUGCUGUGGCCACAGCAAAAUGUGCUACCGCUGGUCCAAACGGUGGAUGGUGGUGAAGGACUCUUUCCUUGUCCUCAUGAAGCCAGACACAGGUGCCAUCUCAUUCGUCCUGCUAGUGGAUAAGGCUUUCGGCAUCAAAAUGGACACUAAAGACACUGAGACGAAGCAUGGUGUCCGCAUAGACAGUCUGUCCAGGACUCUGGUGCUGAAGUUCACAAGUUACCGUCACGCCCGCUGGUGGGGGCAGGCCAUCGAUGAUUUUGUGCGCAAAUACGGCAGCAAUUUCCUUAAGGGUCACCGCUUUGGUUCCUUCGCCAAUGAACAGAAGAACAUCCCAUCUAAAUGGUAUGUGAAUGGGAAGCAGUACAUGGAGGACGUGGCGAAUGCGCUGGAGGAGGCGGAGGAGGAGAUCUUUAUCACCGACUGGUGGCUGAGCCCUGAGAUCUUCCUCAAGAGGCCUGUCGUCGAGGGCAACCGCUGGAGACUCGAUUCCAUUUUGAAACGGAAAGCGCAAAAAGGUGUGCGGAUCUUUGUGAUGUUGUACAAGGAGGUGGAAUUGGCUCUCGGCAUAAACAGCGAAUACAGCAAACGGACACUACAACAACUUCACCCAAAUAUCAAGGUGAUGAGGCAUCCUGAUCACGUCUCCUCUUCCGGUGUGCGGAUCUUUGUGAUGUUGUACAAGGAGGUGGAAUUGGCUCUCGGCAUAAACAGCGAAUACAGCAAACGGACACUACAACAACUUCACCCAAAUAUCAAGGUGAUGAGGCAUCCUGAUCACGUCUCCUCUUCCGUGUACCUGUGGGCGCAUCAUGAGAAGAUUGUAGUCAUUGACCAAUCGGUGGCUUUCGUGGGAGGCAUUGAUCUGGCGUACGGGCGCUGGGAUGAUCUGGAGCAUCGGCUGACCGACAUAGGAAGUGUUACCAGGACUCUUCCUGUGUCUGCAGAGAAAGCUUCUGAAGGCUCUCCUGCUAUGGCCUCUCAAUCAAAUGGACCCAGCAUGGUGCACACUAAUGGCAAAAGUUUGCCUGUUGACACAGCGGACCAGCCGAAACUAAAAGGACAGGGGAAGACCAAGAAGACCCGAUUCAGCAUCCGCAGGCACCUGCAGAAACACGGGCUGGCGCCUGCAGACAGCGUGAGCAGCAUCGAGAGCUCUGAAGAAAAUACUGAAGCGGCACAGGAGCUGCAAGCAGACGUGAUUGGUCUGAUGGGGAACACGCGGUUCUGGCAUGGCAAAGAUUAUUGCAACUUUGUUCAUAAGGACUGGGUCCAGUUGGAUAAACCUUUUGAUGAUUUCAUCGACAGGCACAUAACUCCCAGAAUGCCUUGGCAUGACAUCGCCUCGGUGGUUCAUGGGAAAGCUGCCAGAGAUGUUGCACGGCACUUUAUUCAGCGCUGGAAUUUCACAAAGAUCAUGAAGCCCAAAUACAGGUCCUUGUCGUACCCAUACCUCCUUCCUAAAUCUCACACUACUGCAAAUGAGAUCAAGUAUCAGGUCCCUGGCUGCACCCAGACUAAUGUCCAGCUGUUGCGAUCUGCCUCGGACUGGUCAGCGGGAAUAAAAUACCAUGAGGAGUCGAUUCAUACGGCUUACGUCAAUGCAAUUGAAAACAGCAAACACUAUAUUUACAUAGAGAACCAGUUUUUCAUAAGCUGCGCGGACAACAAAGUCGUUCACAAUAAAAUCGGAGAUGCCAUUGCCAAGAGGAUCAUAAAAGCAUAUCGGGAUGGUAAAAAGUACCGCGUAUAUGUGGUGACACCACUGCUUCCUGGGUUUGAGGGGAACAUCAACACUGGAGGAGGCAGUGCCAUACAGGCAGUCAUGCACUUCAAUUACAGGACCAUGAUUAGGGGAGACUGCUCCAUUAUCUCUCAGCUGAAGAAAGAAGUGGGUGAUCAGUGGAUAAAUUACAUCUCAUUCGGGGGUCUGAGGACCCACGCUGAGCUGGAGGGAAGGCUGGUGACUGAACUGAUAUAUGUGCACAGCAAGAUGCUUAUUGCCGACGACAACACUGUCAUCAUUGGCUCUGCCAAUAUCAAUGACCGGAGCAUGCUGGGUAAGAGAGACAGUGAGGUGGCUGUCAUUUAUGAGGAUAUCCACACUGUGACGUCAGUGAUGGACGGUCAGGAGUAUCAGGCAGGACGUUUUGGAUUGAGUCUGCGGCUGGAGUGUUUCAGGAUGAUUCUAGGCGCCAACACUGACCCCAGCAUUGAUGUGACGGACCCUAUAAGUGACCAGUUUUACAAGGAGGUGUGGAUGACCACCGCUGCCCGCAAUGCAACCAUCUACCAGAAGGUGUUCCGCUGCUUGCCAUCCAGUGAUGUUCGGUCAAUUUUGGAGUUGGAUGGCUUCCUCUCUAAGCCUGGUUUGGAGAAAGAGGACCCUGCACGUGCUCAAGAGGAGCUGAAGAAGAUUCGAGGCUUCCUGGUCCAGUUCCCUCUCCAGUUCCUCAGCGAGCAGAACCUUCUGCCACCCAUCGGAUCAAAAGAAGCCAUGGUGCCCAUGGACGUGUGGACAUGAGAGAACCUGCCCACAUCACCUGAAUAAAAUAAUAAACUGCAAAUCUAGCAGAUGUAUCAGGAACGACCUAAGCUUUCCUAUUGUAUAACGAACACUUCUGAGACAGAAAAUUAGAUCUGGAGGAGCUUCAGCCAUAAGUUGUUUACCCACUCGGAGUUAAGGACUCCAGACUGGUUUGCUUCAUCACUGUUUGAAGCUUGAUUGUUUAUAUAUUCUAACACUAUGCAACUAAUAUUAUUUUUUAUGAACUAUUCUCAAAUUCUACAAAAUGGUGAUAUGGAUGCUUUUGUGAAGUCUUUAGUGUCCUCGGACACUUGAUUGGAUGCUGUAUAUUGGUUUCUUGUUCAUUAUUAUUGAAUGGUUUUGUGCCCUGUAACAUGCACUGAAUAUGUAUUAUUCUCUGCAUUUAAGUGCCAACUAUGUCUGUGCAACAUUUAUCUUUUCUCUAUAUGAAGUGUAAACAUUCCUUGUGUACUAUAUCUCAAUGUAAUUUAUUGUUCUGUGAUAGUGGACAUGGUCCAUUAAUUGUUGCUUUCCUGUGGUACAAAUGUCCAUGUUUUGGUGGCCUUAUUUGUUUACUGUGUUCUUAAUGCUGGGUAUGAACUAAAAUCCACCAAAGCAUUUUUCUAUUAUGACUAAGUUGAUUUUAUAAGAAUAACAGACUAGUAUUCAGAUUUAUCCCCAUUACUUGUCUAAAAUGUACAGUAUACU